UUGGAAGUUGCAAAGAUAAUUUUUAAGACUAAAAAACAGUAGGUAGAAUAUUAAAAUAUUUAGAGAAUGCCAAAAAGAUUCUCACACUGGCUUAUCUAUUUUGACUCUCAUCCUUCAAAGCUAAACACUGUGGUAUAAUGAGAAACACCACUGACUAAGAGACAAAAGUUCUACUUCAGGCUUGACCAAGAAUUAACUGUGUGCCCAUUACUUCCAUUUCAGGUCCUCAUGAUUUCUGAACUGAUCUUUUGCAGAACCAUAUUGGUCCCCCCAACUUUGCCUUAUCCUUAGACAUUUCAGUAAAUUUCCCUAAUCACCUCCACAAUCAUUCAAAAUGUAUUUGUGGCCUCAUGUAAUGGCCAAAAAGACCACUCCUCAUAGGAAGAUAUUAGAUUACCUACUACAUUUCUUACCUUUAUUACAAAGGACAGAGUUUCUACCCUGGCCUGGAAACUUCUAUGCCCCUGCCACGAAUAUUUUGUCCUCAGUGCACCAGAGUACAUACUUCAGAGCUCUGCUCUGGUACACUUGAUAAAGCACAGUGCAGAACCACACACUUCUUUGAUAAUGCUUACAUUUGUUGCAUGUAAUACAAAAUGGGAACUUCUACAACAAAAUAAUUAAUUAGAAGAACAUAAGUACUUUACAGAAUCCAAGAUAUCAAAGCAGCAAACAUGCUUCACAAGGACAGAAACAAGGGUAGCUCAAGAGAACUCAAUAGUAGGUAUUCUAAAUAAUGUUCUCUAUACAGAAAUGGCAGUAAUGAAACUUAGAGGAAAAUCACUGAGUUUUGGGGUCUAGUUCCAAACUCCAAAUUAUCAGGAAAAAUUCCUGAUUGGCUCAUCUAGGGUGAGGUGACAAGUAUCAAACCAAGUAGCAGUGAGAGGAAACAUGACCUCUUUCCUUAGCACACUCUCUCUUUUUCCCUGAGUCCUAGGGCCUGAUUGGUUGAGAACCAAGUGAAGUCAUGGUUACUAUGAUUACUCAUAACCUCUCUCAGAACCUAAUGCCAACAGUCUGCAAGAUUCAAAUGCUGGCAACCAUCACCUGGCUUCCUCUGGCUCAGGGCAGAAUAGGGUCCACAGACCUCGACCCUGGAAGAGUGAGUCGGAGUCAGGUCUUCGAGAGGUGGAGGGAUCGAAUGAGGGAACUGAUAUUCCAAGACUCCCCAAAUCUUGGAGCUUCACUCGCCAGGCAUCCCGCGCUUUCCUGACAUUCGCGCAGCAGCGGAGAGCUUUGCUACCCAGAGCAGGGAGGCGUGGCCACAGAGGCGCAGUCGAGCGGAGGAAGAGGAAAGUGGCCUCCGGGGAAGCCAGAGCUGACUGAAGUGCUCUUGGGAAGAACAAUUCAUUGAUUUGGUACCAAACCUGAUGCACCCUCAUUUGUCAAAGGUGGUACCAGGUGGGUGUCAGUGUCACACACAAGAGUAAAACUGUUCCUAGAGCAAAUGACGAUGAGAGAGCUGAAGGCGGAUUCAUGCUCAAACCCCCAGAUGGGGGCUAUGUGGGAGACUAGUGGGUCUGUGAAUGAGAACUUCAGUCAGAGUAAGAAAUACAGCGCAAACAUAGAGAGUCUUGGUCCUGAGAGCGCUUGCAGGCACUUCUGGAGCUUCCGUUAUCAUGAAGCAACUGGACCGCUUGAGACCAUCAGCCAACUUCAGAAAUUAUGCCAUCAGUGGCUGAGGCCAGAGAUCCACUCAAAAGAGCAGAUCUUGGAAAUGCUGGUGUUAGAGCAGUUCCUGAGCAUUCUGCCCAAGGAGACCCAGAACUGGGUGCAGAAGCAUCAUCCACAGAAUGUCAAACAGGCUCUGGUCCUGGUGGAAUUCUUGCAGAGGGAGCCUGAUGGAACAAAGAAUGAGGUCACAGCCCAUGAGCUGGGAAAGGAGGCAGUGCUCUUGGGAGGAACAGCAGUGGCCCCAGGCUUCAAGUGGAAGCCAGCAGAGCCCCAACCAAUGGGUGUGUUCCAGAAAGAAUAUUGGAAUACAUACCGGGUACUACAAGAACAGCUGGGCUGGAACACUCACAAAGAAACCCAGCCUGUAUAUGAAAGAGCUGUGCAUGAUCAACAGAUGUUAGCCCUUUCUGAGCAGAAAAGAACCAAAGACUGAAAGAUGGCAUCUAAACUCAUCCUGCCUGAGUCCCCGAGUUUGUUGACAUUUGAAGAUGUGGCUGUGUAUUUUUCUGAGGAAGAAUGGCAAUUAUUGGAUCCUCCUGAGAAGACUCUCUACAAUGAUGUAAUGCAGGAUAUCUAUGAGACUGUCAUCUCUCUAGGGUUAAAGCUAAAAAAUGACAUUGGAAAUGAUCAUCCUAUAUCUGUUUCUACAUCAGAAAUACAAACAUCAGGAUGCAAAGUAUCAAAAAAGACCAGAAUGAAAAUUGCCCAGAAAACAAUGGGCAGGGAAAAUCCUGGUGAUACACACAGUGUACAGAAAUGGCAUCGAGCUUUUCCAAGGAAGAAAAGAAAGAAACUUGCAACUUGUAAACAAGAGGUUCCAAAACUUAUGGAUCUUCAUGGGAAAGGCCCCACAGGGGAGAAACCUUUUAAAUGUCAGGAAUGUGGGAAAAGCUUCAGAGUUAGCUCUGAUCUUAUUAAACACCAGAGAAUUCACACUGGAGAGAAACCCUAUAAAUGUCAACAAUGUGACAAGAGGUUUAGAUGGAGUUCAGAUCUUAAUAAGCACUUCAUGACCCAUCAAGGAAUAAAACCAUAUAGAUGCUCAUGGUGUGGGAAAAGCUUUAGUCAUAACACAAAUCUACACACACACCAAAGAAUUCACACAGGAGAGAAGCCCUUUAAAUGUGAUGAAUGUGGAAAAAGAUUCAUUCAGAACUCCCACCUUAUUAAACACCAGAGAACUCACACAGGUGAGCAGCCUUAUACAUGUAGCAUAUGCAAGAGAAACUUUAGUAGGCGAUCAAGCCUUCUUAGACACCAGAAACUCCACAGAAGAAGGGAAGCAUGUCUACUGUCUUCAGACUGAGGAAAAUUACCACGUAGACCUUGACUUUAGAAGUGAUGGAAUAAUACAAAAUUAUGAGGCACCCAAUGAUAGGAAUCUGUCAUUAAUAGAACAUUUGGGAAGGGUACAUGUUACACUUCACAAAAAGGAAUCUAAGCUGAUUGUCUUAUUCAGCAUUGCAUCUUCUGUGCCUAGCACAAGAGUGAUACAUAAGGAGUAUUUUAUAAAUAAAAAAAUGAAAAUGUAGUGAUGAAAUACCUUUAGCUAUCUAUCUACAUGUAUAUAUCUGGUUAUUCAAAACUUCCACACCCCCAGUCAUCUAAAUUUUUCAAGUAUCAAGUGCUCAACAGACAUAUGAUGGUCAAGGCUCUUAGUCUCAUUCUUUAUUCUUUGUCAAGAGAAAUGGAAAGAGUACUUGGGCCCUCUUAAGGGAGCUCAGAGAGAAUUACUAAACUAGGGACAAUUUCAAUAGCUACCAUUCUAUCUACAUGAACAAUCGAGGCCAGGACUCAGGGAACUUUACUCUGUAAUAGAAAGAGAGGAUUCAAUGUUUGCCCUGAGAGAAUUGUCCCAUUCUCAUUGCUUCUCUCCUGAGUACCCACUACCACAGUGUCUCUGUCAAGGAAUUACAAGUAGCAAGGAAAGGUCUGAAUGUAAGGACAGACCUAGGGACCUUGCAAGCACUUGAUAUCUCUCCUCUUGCUGACUGUUUCAACAUAGACAUACAAUGAAAUGAUGAGGGAGGCAGUCUCGGCCCUCAUCCAGGUAUCUGUUUUGUUUUGUUUUGUUUUUGUAGAAAGCACAGAUAAGUGGUGAAUGGUCUUUUUCUGACUUUUAUUAUUAUGUGGACUGUGUGGAGGCUUUCAAACUGUUGCCAUACUGCUGCAGGACCUAAAGGGAGCCCCAUCUUUAUGGCUGAUCAAGUACAACCCUAUAUGCCUGAAUACUCUGCAAGAAGGCCUGGAGAUUUUGCAAAACUGAUUUAUUGAGAAUGGCAAGGAGAACCUUGUGAACUUUUAGCUUUGGUGCACAGCUGAUACCAGAAGGGAACAUCCUGAAGUGUCAGAGCAAAGUAAGGCAUAUGGCUUAGAGUGAUGACCCCAGUCAGAACCAGGCCAGAUGGAAAUUGCUUUCUGAUGUUACUGGUCUUCUUUUCCCUAUUAGCCAAAGUGACUAUCUCUUAAGAGAAGAUAAUGUGACGUCAAGGGAAGUUGGAAGUCAUGGAUUUAUAUCUAUGUCAGAUCCUGGUUUAUAAUGUUGGCCAAGGCUUAUUUAUAUAUGUUUAUUUAGUAUUCCAUAAAAUUGUACUUUGCAAUGAAAAUGACAUGUUUUAUGUUAAAUUUAGACAAUAAAGAAAACUUUGUCACCAAAUCA